ACAUGGCCUCUCACAAUUUAGAGCACUUCUUGAAGUGCACGGAUUGUAAGAAAUAUUUUGAUGACGAGUUACACGCUCCGCACGUGCUGCCUUGUCUGCACACAUGUUGCACAAAAUGUCUAAAAUCCAGAGUAAUCAAGGAAGAAGUCCAAUGUCCGGAGUGUGCCGAAAAGUUUGAGGCCUCUCAAAAUGAUAUUAGUAACUUUCCGGUUGACACAGCGCGGAAACAUAUCGUAGAUUGCUACAGAAUUCAAAAAAAGAAUGCAGAUUUCAAUUGUGACGAAUGUGGAAAUUCCUCCAAUAAAGAGCGCGCAACAAUGCACUGUAAAGAAUGUAACGAAUUUUUGUGUACAAAAUGUACAGACGCCCACCAAAGAACAAAACUAACGAAGCGACAUCAGUUGGUAUCAUUAGAAAAGCUUAAGAAUUCUCCUUUGGAAGAGUUUCAUACUAAGCAGACUUGCUCUGUGGAAGGACAUGAAGGCCAACCAUUUUCCUUUUUCUGCACAACUAAAGCCUGUGCCAAACCUAUCUGUAGUCUUUGUGUUGUUCGAGACCAUCAGCAAAAUGGCCAUGAAGUUCGAAAUAUUAAUGAUGUAUACGUUGAAAAUAAGCGGCUAGUGGAAGGGCAAUUAUUAGAUAUCAAACACAUGAGAACUACAGCGGAUGAGGCCAUUGAACACAUAGAAGACGAAAUUCAGAACCUCUACCUGAAAGAAAAUGCCGUUGAUGAAGAGUUGGAAGCUCAUUUUGCUGCCUGUAUAAAAGCCAUAGAAAAAAGAAAAGAAGAACUCAAAGAAAAGCUUGCAUCUGUGUCUCAAAACAAAAAGAAAGACCUUGAUGGGCAACUCGAUCGUUUGAUGAAGCAAAAAGGACAGCUGGAUCAAACCUGUAAAUUCACGGACGACCACUUGCAGUACAGCAAUGCCGCAGAAUUCUUACUCAUGAAAGACCAGAUACUAAAUCGGAUGUAUACUCUGAAAGACCAGUCCGUUGAAAUAGUACCACAUGCAACAUCAAACAUCAAAUUCCAAACUACCAACGUAGGCGACGACUUCUUGGAUUUUUGUCAACAUAUGGGUGACGUAUGGGCAACAUCGGUUUAUCUUCCGAACACCCGCGUGCAAGUUCUGGAUAUUGCCACGGGAAGAGAGCAAUGCCCAUUGCUUAUUACCUUGAGUGACUUCCAAAACCGGCCGCUUCACGAGCCCGGCUUAGAUAUCAAAGUGGAGGUCUUCAACAGCAAGAAUCAGAGAACUCUAGCACAUGUCCAAGACAAAACUCGGUCCCAGGGCUGUUACAAAGUCGUGUUUAAAGCACCUAGACCUGGAGAAUACAGAGCGGUCGUCAAGAUAAUGGGAACGGUAUUGGAACCUGGGGAAUAUGUUUUUAAAGCCAAACAUCCGGAUCAGAUGGAAUCUGAAGACACUAUAGCGGAUCUAACCCCAAAAGAAAAGAAGGGAAUUGAAGAAACAGGUGUGCAGAAUUUACAUGUACAUGUACAAGAGAUCAAUGGUACUGCUGAAGUGGAAAAGCUGAAUCUUCAAGGUCUAGCAACAUCCAGUGCUAGCCCCGUGACCUCCCAUAAGUACAAAGCUGUUGGGGAUAUUAUAUUUUCAGGCCCAGACUUGAGCCUCAACCACUUAACAGUUCACCCGCAAAACGAAUUGUUGGAGAACCAGAAAACAUUGACUAACCAGAAAGGUCGUCAUCGUCCCCCUCGAAAUCUCUCCCAAGCUUUCCAGAAUUUCCGUGGAACUAUUGCAAAUCGCUCUAUGGGAAGAACUGGGCAGUAUUACUUUGAGGUCCACAUCAGUUUCUUCAUUAAACGUUCACUACGACAGGACCUUAUCUUCGAGGUAGGACUAUGUCGUAAACCGGAUGUUGACAAACACUACACGAUUGACAAUCAUCAGUUUUCUUACGUCGUAUGCGCAAGAAAAUGCCACAUCUGCCGCACCAUUUGUCUACAAGGAUGGAGUAAUGGUCAGCGAUUCUACCACGCACCAAUCACCGAAAAUUCGCCACCAGGAACCUCCUUCAAAACUACUUACGGAUUUCUUCUAGACACUCGACAGAGACAGUGGGUCGUUAUUGACGUCAAAAAUAGGAGAUUUGUACUCAGAUUUAAGCACAUUGACUUAAACAAGCCGUUGUGGCCAGUAUUUGGAUUAUAUAAUCCAGACCUGGUCAAUUCGUCUCUGACGCUUCGGUCCGGAAAAGACAUCUCAACAAUUCUGGAGGUACCAUUUGACUUGUAG